AUGAAAAAUAUUAUUUUUUUUUUUUUAUUUACAUUGUUUGAUUGUUUGGUAAAAAGUGAUUUACCAAUACAUGCUCUUAUGGGAGAUAUACAUGGUGUAUGGAAAAUAAGACAGACAAAAAAAUUCAGUGAAAAACCUGAGCAUUGUGGAGGAGGAACACCUAAUAGAAAUUCAGAAAAUUUGAGUUCAACUGUAAAAUAUUAUGAAAGAUUUUUAGAGAAUAAGUAUGGAAGUCUAGAAGAAAUAAAAAUAAGAUUAACACUGGAAAAAAUUAAAAUAAUUAAUGAAAUUAAACCAAGAGAUCAAUGGACAUACUUAGCUGUAAAAAGCUACGAUGAUGAUGAAAUUAUCGGUUAUUGGACAAUGGUUUACGAUGAAGGGUUUGAAAUAAGAUUGAAAGGAAGACGAUAUUUUGGAUUUUUUAAAUAUGAGAAAAAUUCUAAUAUAAAUUGUCCCAAAUCAAUAGAAGAUAAAAAUUCUGAUGAAAACGAAUGCUAUAAAACAGAUCCUACUGAAACACGAAUUGGAUGGAUACUUGACGAAAAGAUAAAAAGAAAUUCUAGACAGAAAAUAUUUCAUUGGGGUUGUUUUUACUCUGAGAAAGAACAAGAUGGAAAUGUUUCUUCUUUUGUUAUCCAUAAUAUUCAACAGAAAGAAACUGUUAUUGAUAACAAUGAGAAAAAUGAAGUUUAUAAAAAAAAUAAAUUAAAUUUUUCUAUGCUUGGAAAAAGAUCAAAAUAUAAAAAAGUCCGUUUGUCAAGUUUACCCAAAAUAUAUGCUUCUACAAGAACUAAUUUAAUGAAUAUUUAUGAGAAAAAAAGUCAUCAAAUUUAUGGAUGUAAAAAAGAUAACUUUAUCGACUUAAAGAUUCGUUUAACUUUACCAAAGGAAUUUAGUUGGGGAGAUCCUUUUAGUGAUGAAAAUUUUGAUGAAGAGGUGGAAGAUCAAAAAGAUUGCGGGAGUUGUUAUUCUAUUUCUAGUAUAUACUGCUUAAAAAAAAGAUUUGAAAUAUUAUUUUGGAAAAAAUACAAAAAAAAAAUAAAAAUACCAAAAUUGUCUUAUCAAUCUAUUUUAAGCUGUUCCCCAUUUAAUCAAGGUUGUGAUGGUGGGUAUCCAUUUCUUGUUGGUAGGCAGAUGUAUGAAUAUGGUGUAUCUUCAGAAAAAUAUAUGAAAUGCGAAAAUAAUGAUAUGAUUCCAUGUAAAAUUAAUAUGGGAGAUUUUAACAAAUCAAAUAAUAAUGAUAAUAACAUGGAUGAGAUAUAUUAUGCCUCAGAUUAUUAUUAUAUAAAUGGAUGUUAUGAAUGUGCAGAUGAAUAUGAUAUGAUGAAUGAAAUUUUAUUAAAUGGACCAAUAAUAGCAGCAAUUAAUGCAACCCCAGAAUUGUUAAAUUUAUAUAAUAUUAAUAAAAAUAAAAUAUAUAAUGUUACUUCUAAUGAAAAUAAAAUAUGCGAUGUAUUAAAUGAAGGAUUUAAUGGAUGGCAACAAACAAAUCAUGCUAUAAAUAUUGUUGGAUGGGGAGAACAAAUAAAUGAAAAUAAUAAAUUAGUGAAAUAUUGGAUUAUAAGAAAUACAUGGGGAAAGAAAUGGGGAUAUAAAGGCUAUUUAAAAUUUCAAAGAGGAAUAAAUUUAGCCGGUAUUGAAUCUCAGGCUGUUUUCAUUGAUCCUGAUUUUUCAAGAGGGAAAGCUAAAAUCCUUCUCGAUUAA